GCGGCGCAGGGGCUCAGUUGAGAGAGCGAGCGAGCUGAGAAGAAGGCGCUGCUCACUCGCUCGGACACAUGCGCGAAGGGCAGCCUGGCUCCGUCUGGCUCACGCCGCUGUCUCCUCCUGCCUUAAAAAGAGGGGAGGAGGAGGAGGAGGUGGUGGUGGUGGCGGUGUUAAAACGCGCGCCAGCUAAAGGCGGUGGUUUCUCUUUUUGCUCGAGUUAAGAGGAGUUACAUUUGUUUUUUUUUUUGACGCGAGUCGCUUGCCUCCGUCCGUGAAUGAGAGAACGAGAAGAAAUCUGCGGCAGCCGCAAAAACAGAACCACACACCGGAAUUACUUUAGACGCAGCCACGAGUGUGAGUGUGCCUUUAGGGGGGGCCGGCAAGGACGAGCGGAACAACUUUUGGCGUGAGAACGUCGCCUUGUUGUGCGCGCGUCUUGAAGAGACACGGGACUGACACUUUACACACACAGAUCGCCGAGUGGAGGUCCGGGGGCCGCUGUCGCCGCGGCCGAGGAUGCCCAAGGUGGCUGUUGCCCGAGACGGGACCGGGGGAGACGACGCGACGAGACGGCCCGAGAGCGGCGAGGUGUGCGCGGGCUGCGCGCGCCCCAUCGAGGACCGCUUCCUGCUGCGCGUGAGCGACUCGUCGUGGCACGAGCGCUGCCUGCAGUGCGCCGCGUGUCGACAGCCGCUCACGCGCAGCUGCUACACCCGGGAGCGUCGCAACUACUGCCGGCCCGACUACGACAAGCUCUUCGGCCGCAAGUGCGCCGGCUGCAUGGGCUCCGUGGCGCCGUCGGAGCUGGUGAUGCGCGCCCUCGAGAGCGUCUACCACCUGGGCUGCUUCAGCUGCUGCGUUUGCGAGCGUCCGCUGCGCAAGGGCGACGAGUUUGUGCUCAAGGAGGGCCAGCUGUUCUGCCGGCCCGACUAUGAACGGGAGCGCGACAUGCUCAGCUCCGCCAGCCCCGACGCCUCCGACUCCGUCAAGAGCGAGGACGAGGACGGCGUCAAGGGGAGCCCGGGCGGGGCCCCCGGGGCCAAGGGGGGCGGUGGAGGGGGCGGCAGCGGCAGCGACGAGAAGGACCCCAAGAGGCCCAAGAGGCCGCGGACCAUCCUGACGACACAGCAGCGGCGGGCGUUCAAAGCCUCCUUUGAAGUCUCCUCCAAGCCCUGCCGCAAGGUGCGGGAGUCCCUGGCUGCGGAGACGGGGCUGAGCGUACGCGUGGUGCAGGUGUGGUUCCAGAAUCAGCGAGCCAAGAUGAAGAAGCUCGCGCGCCGGCAAAUCCAGCAGGAGCAGGGCCAAAGUGGGCAGCGGCUGGGGCCCGGCAGGGGGGCAGCGCGCGGGGUGCGGCGCAUGAAGGAGGAGGGCGAAGUGAUGAUGGACGUCUUCUCGCCGUCGCCCGUCGACAUGAUGUCGGGCGCCAUGGAGGGGAUGAUGUCGCCGUUCACGCAGCUGCCGCACGCGCACGUGAUGGAGGCCGCCUCCUCCUCGUACCAGCCCGACCCCUUCCAGCAGGGCCUCACGCCCCCGCAGAUGCCCGGCGAUGCCAUGAACCCCUACGGGAGCGACCCCAUGUUUCAGGAGAUGGAGGGCGACACGUCGCUGAGCGGCCUCAGCGACUGCCUGCUGGCAUGUGUGGAGCCCAUCACCGCCCUGCAGCCGCGUGUCGGCAACCCCAUCGACCGCCUCUACUCCAUGCAGAGCUCCUAUUUCACCUCCUAGAGGCCCCGUCACGCCCUGCGUAGCCCUCUCCUGGCCCCUCCUUGCCCUGCCUGGUCAGUGUGCGUCAACACCUCCUCGCCGCUCCACCAAAGAUUUACCGGUCACCUCUUCCUGUCCAUCUCUGGUCACGCUCUCUCUUCUUGUGUCUUCUUCCCCCCCCCAGCCUCUCUCUCUCUCUCUCCUCCUCAGCUCUGUCCACACGCCUGUCUCUUUGCUUGUCUGUCCAUCACGCACGGAGCUGUCGUCUCGGUCUACUCUCCUCUCUCCCGUUCUCUGUUUGCUCUCUUUCCGUCUCUCACGCGCCUCUCUCUGCCUUUCUGUGUCUUGAUGUCCCUCACUCUGCCUCUGACCCCGUAUCACGCUGUCGCUACUACGUGUCCGUAAACCUUUCUCUCCCCCAUCUCUCCGCCUUCCUUAUCCGCUCGUCUCUGUCCCGCUCUCUCUUCCGAUCCGCGUUGGUAUCACACCCAACGAGGCGGACGCUUCUGCUUCAUCCAGCAGUGGAUGACGGUUGGCGACGGCGGUGACGGCGAUCACGACGAGGCCGAUGAUGGCGUUUAUUGACGGCGGCCUCGGAGGAAGGGAAAGGCCUCGCUCGCAGGCCGCACCGAAACCCCCUCCCCGUGACAAAUCGCUCUCGUUGGCGCCACGCGGAGAGAGCACCGUCAGUCUAAACGCCGCCCGCCGCCCAACCGAAGCCGGUGACGUCUCCGCGCCGGGGAAUUUGCUCGACUGAGACGGAACGCCAUCGCGGGACGGGGGCAGGGGGGGUGGUUGAAGGAAAACCGGGAGAACUUUUAGCGGGAUGAGAUUCCCCGCCAUCAGGACGUACGCCCGAGCAAGACGAACCACAUUCCACUGCAUCGGCGAACUGGAGACUGCCCAAUCGCGCGCUUUCCGUUCCGCAAUUUACCAUUCACUUGGUUUUAAUUUUGUUCACGCGACCGCAGCCGCCACACACAGAGGAGCAGCAGCAGCAGCAGCAGCAGCAGCAGCACGAGGGCCCACCCGGGGUGGGGUCCUCGUUUGACGUCUUCACCACGGAACCCGCCACGCUACACGCAACAAAAACCCGCCACCGACACGCGAGCGGCGAUGUCACACGCGCACGCUCGUCACUCCCGCAUGCGAAGCGUCGCCCGCCCACGCACGCACGCACGCACACACAGGAGCAUCGUCCGAUCUGCCUCUCGGACCGCUGCUGGGGCAAGUGCCGUCGGCGAGCGCCUGCGUUAAGGCUGGAUGCACAUGCACGCCUGCGAUACGACCCCAGGCCCCACCGAGCUUCGAUGCCUGGCACGUCAAAGGGGAGGUGGGGGGGGGGGCGAUCGGCAAACGAACUUCGACUUGGGCUUCCUCGAGAUGGAAGUCGAUCAACGUCAGCAAUGGUGGAGGCGAAGGGCGAUGGGGAAAUGCGAGGGCCCUGGUCUCACCGCCCCCUUUAACGCGCUGUGCCAAUGCAGAGAUAUCAACGUCACUAAGACCCCCCCCCCCUCCCCGCCGCUCCCACACCCUUGUAUAGCUUCAUACACUGUUAGGGCAAGUGCUGUUAGUGAUUGCCUAUUAAGGCCAGCACAACGUACGAGGUGAUGGUGGUGUCGCCAGCACCUCGCCUGCCCACUUUUGUCCCCCCCCCCCCCCCCAUCAUUGCUGGUGUUUACACAAUAAACCAGGCUGAGUUGACCUCUGGGGAGGCCCAGGGACUGAUUCGAACAUCGCUCGCCCGCUGAUGUUAGCUUUAGCCAGGAAUCAAACUCAGGUUGUCGGGUUAGUAGCGUGGCGUGCCAACCGCUUUUGCUACUGCUUCCUCUGACAGAUGGAUAUGUGCAGAUGCACGCACGCACGAUGUACACAAUGUACAAAAUGUGCACUCGGUACACUGACCACCUCCGGUUGCCACCUCUAAGGUGCAAUAAACCCCGGGUGCAUCGUGGGAAAAGGAAUUCCUCGCAGUACCAGAAGAGGUAAAUACAUUUGUAAAGGUGUAAAUGCAUUUUUCUGGAGUGGUGUGGCUGUUAUUAUCAUGGUUACGACGCAACUGACAGAUUCUCCAGGACAAUAGCUACCUCAACCAGAGGGAGAAAGAGUAUCCUGCAAAAGAACAGUAGAGGUGGAAACCCAUCUAACCACACGCACACACACACAC